AUGGCUUCGACAAACGAUAGAUUUGCCAUUAAGUCGCAAACAGAUGCUAUAAAGCGGCAGAUAGCCGAAAGCCUCUGGGGUCCGCAGCCUAUCGUUAAGAGAUUUUCUAAUGGUGAACGUUCUCGUGAACUGAACUUUGAUGCAUAUUUUCGUUUCUAUGAUUCUUCUUAUGCUCGUUUCCACAACAGGCAAGGCACUAUGUGGGCUCAAACGUGUCAGCAAAAUUUGUGGAUAGUGGAACAAAUACGCAAUAAUCGCACUCGGGAGAAUAUUCGAGAUAUGAUGGCUCGUGGUAAUCCCGCAUGCAGCCCAGAUAGUUCCAUUGACCUAGCAGCGCAGCUUUUACUCAUGCUAAAAUUUGAUGCAAAUCCUUUGAACGCAAUUUCCGGGACCACAAAGAUCAUGUGGACUCAUGGUACUGUUAAAAGCUCAAUCGAUAAACACUUUUCUCACGAACCGGAGACUACUGAAGCAUGUGUCUUCUUAGACCAAGACUUUACGGGACACAACAUUGAGCAGAUUGCAGGCAUUAAAAUAGUCUGGACGGACAAUCUUGCAGAUCAUCUUCGUUUGGUAGAAAGGGAUACAAAGGUGGCUAUAUUUCACCAUGUAACUUUUCUAGAAUGUCAGGAAAAGUGA